GCGUCCAGGUUUCGCGUUUGCAUCUCGUCAAAACAAAGCGGGGGCGAGCCGGAGCGAGCAAGCGGCGGUUCUUGCUUCUGGCUUCUUACUGAAUGAGUCCCCGCAGGUCGGACCUUUCCACCGCACCCCGAUGCCCGUGAGGGUGCGCAGACCGGCGGGUAACAGAACAGGAGGCAGCCGCUGAUGAACCCGGACAGUAAACACUUCCCCUCAGCACUACAUGACCGUUUCAUCCCAGCAGGAGCUACACGACAGGAUCAGGAACGAUGCUUGAUGGACUGCGGCGGAGGCACGCCUCCCGGCCCUCCCCUCGACCCCUGUCGCUCAACUUCAGCACCUUCUCGCCCCCUCCUCCGAGCCCGGAUUUGGACAGCAGCAAUGAGCAUCCAAUCAGGAGGACUCUGCACCGGCUGAAGUUGAUGAGCUCUCCCAGCCUCAGUGAGCUGGGGAAGAGUGAGAAAAGUUCGCCGGAGGACCGAGGGGAGAAGCAGAAGAGGGCAGGAGCCAACGCCACCUGGAACAGCAUCCAUAAUGCUGUGAUAGCAGUCUUCCAAAAGAAGGGCUUGGCGGAUAAUGAACUUUACGUUCUUAAUGAGGGUGUCCGACAUCUUUUAAAGACUGAGCUGGGGUCCUUUUUCACAGAAUACCUUCAGAAUCAGCUGCUAACGAAAGGCAUGGUCAUCCUGCGGGACAAAAUAAGAUUCUAUGAAGGCCAGAAGUUACUUGACUCUCUGGCAGAGACCUGGGACUUCUUCUUCUGUGAUGUUCUCUCAAUGCUGCAGGCCAUCUUCCACCCGGUUCAGGGUAAGGAGCCUUCUGUCCGACAGCUCGCCCUGCUGCACUUCAGGAACACCAUAGUGCUCAGCGUAAAGCUAGAGGACGCCCUGUCUCGCCCGCGGGCCCGUGUGCCUCCCUCUGUUACACAAAUGCUGCUCAUCCUACAGGGGGUCCAUGAGCCGCGUGGUGUGACUGAGGAAUACCUGAGGUUGGAGUCACUGAUUCAGAAGGUGGUCUCGCCCUAUUUGGGCACCCAUGGGCUUUACUCUGGAGAUGAUGCUGAAGCUCACUGCAAUGUUCUGGAGAAGCCUUGGGGCUGGUCCAAGUCAGCGGAUCAACCGUCUAAAAACCCCGUGGUACGAUCAAAGAGCUACAAUGUUCCUUUGCUGCUGACCCCAGUGGCUGAGUAUGACCCAGAUGCCAACUCGGUUGGCAGUGGAGGAAUUCGGCGUCACUCGGCCUGUGAGAUUACAUCGUGCCUGGAGGAGCAAGGACUGGCCUAUGCUGACCUGGCCCCAGGAUCAGAACUGUCUGGCUCCUCCUCCAACAGACUGUGUGUGGGCUCUCAGUUCAACGGUAUAGUACAAGCUGGAGCCAGUGCCAUGGACUUGCCUCUGCUGUCUCCCUCCAUCCUCCCGCUUCAUUCCUCAGGAGCUCUCCAUGGCACCGAGGCCACAACAACAAUGACUGAUCUCAGUAAGGGAGCAUCCUCUACGCCGCCCAGUGAAUCAUCCAGCCCUGAAACCAUAAUUGGACAAGUGCUAGAGUCUGCAGACUCAGGCCCAGACGGGAUAUUUAUUGAUUUCCCAUCUCACUCCUCAGAGGUGAUGGGGCUCAGCCUCAGCCACGAGAGCAGGCAGAGCACUGUGUAACUGUGGUUGCCUUUAGGGAUGCACCCCCCUAUUCUGGAGGCAAGAAAUCGUACAUUUUGAAUGGGUACCAUCUUACUGUUUAGCUUUGGGUUUUUUGCUGAAGUAUGAUAAGUUUCCCUGACUAGUUUCUUCCAAGUGCUUUCACUUUUGAAUGAAAUUUUCAUUCUUAAAAACAAGAAAAACACGAUUGUUAGAUAAGUGGUACUGCUAUUAAAGGACUCGAGGAUGCAUCUGAUGGUACUUCACAUUUUCACUGUUAUCAACAAAAAAUCUCUUAAAAAGACUACAAUGAGCAAUGAAUUGAUGAUUAUGAACAAGUGCUCCAUUGUUUUUUGAACAUAUCAGUAAGCCACACACUUGGACUGUAACGUUCCUUAUUUCUUUUGUUUGCAUUUCUACUUUUAUGCACUACAGAAGUGUUGGCUUAUAUUAUAUGUAAAGUGAAACCACAGAGCAGUCUCACUAUUUCAUAGCCACCAUUGACUCACAUCUUUUAGACUGUUAUUUUGAAAUAUUACCUUAAAAAACUGCAUAAAAAGUUUAGUUAAAUAAU